AAUACGUGUGGCGUCUUUAUGUGCGCGUCAUCGUUACAGGAAGUCGGAUGUAAACUCGUUGGGCUCCAAAGUCUCAAAGUACCUAAUGGACGUGUUUCGAGUCCUCUAAGAUGACUGAAGUGAGCCAUAAGCAGUGGGGACAGGUGUCUGGCCUGGGCAGUGUGGACCUGUGGGUCCUCCAGUCUUCCCAGGUGCGGGUGGAAGUCCUCACCCUGGGUGCCAUCAUCAGGUCUGUGUUCUGCAGAGGGAAGGAUGGUCAGAUGGAGGACAUAGUCUUGGGCUAUGAUGACCUGGAAGGUUAUGUGUCAGAUAAGCGGUACCUGGGAGCUGUGGUGGGCCGUGUGGCCAACAGGAUUGCACGGGGAUGUUUUGUAGUGGAGGGAAAAGAGUACCAACUAGAUAUCAACAAUGGACCUAAUGCACUGCAUGGAGGGCUGCGGGGUUUUAAUAAGGCUAUCUGGCUUGCUACAGCAGUGGAAGGUGGUGUACAGCUGAGUCUCACUAGUCCUGAUGGAGACCAGGGUUAUCCUGGAGAGGUUCAAGUCUCUGUGUCCUACACCCUACAGGGGGAAACACUAACUGCUGAAUACCAAGCCAGGUCUACCAAAACCACCCCCAUCAACCUCACCAACCACUCCUACUUCAACCCUGGCUGGACAG